AUGCCGGUUUCAACUCGGUCUCAGAUCAUCACGAACCAUGGUGAAAACGAGCCAAACCCAACACUUCAGAGGCUCAGAAACCCACACCAUGGUCUCAAGGAGAAGCUCAAAACGCUCACUCUCUUGUACGAGCAGCAGAAGCAAGCCUCUGCAGCUCUCAAGAACGUGUCUUUAAGACCCCAAGAUAAGGAAAAGGAAAAGGAUGUGAUGCGAGAGAACACAAUGCCAAACUCAACCGUCACAAGAACAUUCGUGUUGCCUCAACCACCCUCAGAGGAUGAUGACUCAAAGGAAAAUCUCAAUGUGGUAGUUGGUGCUGAUCGAAUUGUUGGGUUUUCGUGUCCAAGAAAGGUUACAACAACAACAACAACAACGGUUCCAAUUUCAAGUUCAGCCACCGUUGCUCGGAAACUCUCAAUGGGGACGUUGGCACCGAGAGGGAACGUGCAAGAGUCAGAGAAAACAGAGGGGGUUUCGGAGAAGCAGGGGAAAGUUGAGAGCAGAAUUCUCGUGUUCGUGAGGCUUAGGCCAAUGAACAGGAAGGAAAAGGAAGCGGGUUCACGGUGCUGCGUGAGGAUCGUCAAUCGCCGUGACGUUUAUCUAACGGAGUUUGCCAACGAGAACGAUUACCUCAGGCUCAAUAGGCUUCGAGGACGCCAUUUCACCUUCGACGCUGCGUUUCCAGAUUCUGCUACUCAGCAAGAAGUUUAUUCCACCACAACCUCAGAACUUGUGGAAGCAGUUCUGCAGGGGAGGAAUGGGUCAGUUUUCUGUUAUGGUGCCACAGGAGCAGGAAAAACUUACACAAUGCUUGGCACGGUCGAGAAUCCAGGCGUGAUGGUUUUGGCAAUUAAGGAUCUUUUCAGUAAAAUCAGGCAGAGAAGUUUUGAUGGAAGCCAUGUGGUUCAUCUGUCCUAUCUUGAGGUUUACAAUGAAACUGUCAGGGAUUUGCUUUCCCCUGGAAGGCCUCUUGUUCUUAGAGAAGAUAAACAGGGGAUUGUGGCGGCAGGUCUUACACAAUAUAGAGCUUAUUCUACGGAUGAAGUGAUGGCAUUGCUUCAACAAGGAAAUCAGAACAGAACCACCGAGCCAACUCGUGCAAAUGAAACAUCUUCGCGUUCCCAUGCAAUUUUGCAGGUUAUGGUUGAAUACCGAGUUAGAGAUGCUGCAAUGAAUAUUGUUAACCGAGUGGGCAAGCUCUCAUUAAUCGAUCUUGCAGGGUCAGAGAGAGCUCUUGCUACAGAUCAAAGAACAGUUAGAUCUCUGGAGGGUGCCAACAUAAACCGGUCUCUUCUUGCAUUAAGCAGCUGCAUUAAUGCUCUUGUAGAAGGCAAGAAACACAUACCGUAUCGAAAUUCAAAACUCACUCAACUUCUCAAGGAUUCACUAGGAGGAACUUGCAACACUGUAAUGAUUGCAAACAUAAGUCCAAGUAACCUCUCAUUUGGUGAAACUCAGAACACCGUUCAUUGGGCUGAUAGAGCCAAGGAGAUUCGGUUAAAGGCAAGUGAUGCAAAUGAGGAUCUAUUGCCAGUGCCUGAGACAGAAACUGACCAGGCCAAGCUAGUACUUGAGCUGCAAAAGGAGAAUCGUGAAUUAAGAAUACAGCUAGCACGGCAACAACAGAAGCUUUUGACUCUCCAAGCACAGUCCUUAGGUGCACAUUCCUCCCCAACACCACCUUCAGCUGCAUCUCUUUCCACUCCUCCAACUUCUGCGCAACCAAGUGAAAAACGAAGGACUAGAUCCUCUUUCUUGGCUGGAACUUGUUUCACUCCAGAAACCAAGAAGAAGGGAGCUGAGGUAGCUGUGAGGACACUUCAAAGGACUGUGAAAGCACUAGAGGCAGAGAUAGAGAGAAUGAAGAAAGAUCAUAGCUUGCAACUAAAGCAAAAAGAUGAUCUUAUUCGCGAGUUUUCACAAAAGGGUCUAAAACAAGCAUUAACAACAGCCGGGGAAGUGGGGAAGAGAGUAGUAACCAGGGCUAGUGUACAGGCAAAGGAGCCAAACAAUGGUGAGUUGAAGAGUCCAAAUCAUCGUUUUCGAUCACCAGCCCCAACUGCCAAGAAACGAAGCUUUUGGGACAUAACCACAACUAAUAGUCCAUCAGUUACUACAUUAAAUGGGAGAAAAACCAGAAGUCAUGUACUCUCUGAACCAACUGCACCUCCUCCUCCGUCCAUGCUUCUUCAGCCAGGUUUUGCUCGUCAAAAAGCUAAUGUUUAA